AUGCCAGGACGCAAACACUUGACCGCACAGCCCCAUCCUGCCGGCAGCACCGGGGCUUUGGGCUCCCAAAAACCGAGGCAGGACAGCUUUCUGAUCUCCAAGUGCUGCUUCCCCAUCUUCAAAGCCAAGAACGGCAAAGCCAAGCGAGUCCGGACCAUCUUCACCAGUGACCAGCUGGCCCGGCUGGAGAAGGAGUUUGCGCGGCAGCAGUACAUGGUGGGCACGGAGAGGUGCCUGCUUGCCUCUUCUCUGCGCCUCACCGAAGAGCAGGUGAAAGUCUGGUUCCAAAACCGGAGGAUCAAGUGGAGGAAACAAAGCCUGGAACAGCAACAAGCCAAACUGGCCAAAAUGGGUUUGGCCACCCCGCAGCGGAGCCCCGACUCGCAGAGCCACCCCGGCGAGGAGGACAAGGACUUCCCAGCGGAGGUGGGCCGGGAGGACACGGCCUCGUCCGCUGGCUCGGGGACAGCACCCGUACAGACUGUGGCCCAGAGCUGCUGA